AUGGCUGGAGGCAAUGCCGAGAAGGGGCAGCGCUACAUCGCGGCCUUGGACCAGGCGAGGAGUCAGGGCAAAUGGGAUGAGGUGUCUGAAUUGAUUCGCAAAGUCAUAAAACAUGCACCGCAAAAUACUUGCCUGGUACAGACCGCCACUGCAGAAUCGCGUGUAAUCGCAUAUCUUGAACAAAAGUCCUCUGGGGACUCGUCCUCGUUACCGAACCUUGUCGAGUUGAUCCCGGCCUUGCUGGUAACAAUUGAGAACAAUGACGGGUCACCACAAGAGUUAUUGCAAGCGCAGGUCUGUCUGGGAUGGAUCCAUUGGGUUUUGGAUGAACCUGCACUUGCGGCAUCGCGUCUUCCCAGGGACUUUGCGGCAACGGUCGAUAGCUUUGCCAGUGGGGGGAGCAACCUACUAGCAACCUCGCAAUCCACAGCUUCGAAUAUUGAUGAGACACUCGAGACAUUCGCGUCUUUGGUUCCGUGGCUCAACAGUGGCAAGUUAGCCUCAAUCACCACCCCGCAAUUUCUGAGCUGGUCCGAAUCACUCCUUAGCAGCGGUGCUCUUCUCGCCAGCUCCGAAGCAAGCAAACACAAUACCUCCUCGGAUCCCAGGCAUGUUGAUAUAACUCUGCGAUUGCUCAGAACGUGGGCGACGCAUCCUGCCGUGAAACAAGGGCUUCCUACUAGCAACCCGCCGAACGUGGAUAGUUCGGGCCCGGCUGCACGGGGAUCAGUUUGGACUACUUAUUACAGAUUCCUUACAACGAUUCUUCAGGAUGGGCUCACACAUGCCUGUCCAAAAGAUGGACCUGAACGCCCGCAGCUUGCCAGUGAAUUGCGCCGCGUGGAGACCAUCUGCGAGCGCAACAUUCUCUCUGACAUGAUGUUCCCUACAGCCAACUCCCAAAACUCGCAAGUUGAGGAAUGGGUAGAGCUGGUGAUCAGCAACUGGCAAAUCUUGUGCGGGCCCGAGUGGCAAGAUUCGGAUUUCGGCGAAGGAGGCCAAGAUAGUGUUGGUCGUAAUGUGUUAGAGAUCUUGUACCGCGCAGCAGCAAAGACCUACCAUUCUCAUCUGGUUCUCCGACGGCUCUUCCAUGUUCAUUCUGCCUUAGCAGAUUUUGACCUUGCCGUAAAGGCGCUCGAUUCUUAUAUCGAGAUUGUUACUGCAGCCAAAGAGCGAGCAAAAAAGUCUGCAGAAUACGGCGAGCUGGAGAAGGAUGAAGUACUACUGCAAACUCUCUCCGAAGGUGUCACAUUACUGAGCUGCCUUGGCUCGUUUGAGGAGGCAGAGAAAGCACGAGAUCUAACUGACAUCAUAAGAGAGUAUAUCGGCAAGAAUGCUUCGCCUCUCACAGACGAUGAUACCAGCGAUAGUAUUACAGAUCUGCCAAAUAUCCCUCACAACGUGUUGGCACUUUCCUACCGGGCCGUCGGUAUUGGUCUUGCUUGCUGGGCAAGCUGGACUCCCGUGAAUGAAUCACGAGACGAAAUUAGAGCUGAUGCGAUCGAAUACCUUGAAAAAAGUCUCUCUCCUGAAUUAGGAGAUAGCUCGAACUAUUCCUCCUUAUAUACAUUGGGUGUUGUGUUGGCUGAGAACAGAGAUUUGGACAGUGCGAUUGACUAUGUCAAGUCGGCUUUGACACCAAGUGACUCAUCCACUGCUGUGUCAGACGAUCUUUCCAAAGAACGGGACUUGGUAUCUCUGUGGCAUCUGCUUGCCCUGCUGCUGAGUGCGAAGCAGGAGUUCGAGAUCGCUGGACGUUCAUGCGAAGCUGCAUUCGAGCAAUUCCCCCGAGAAUUAUUCUCAAAGAGUGGUCGCGAACGACGAUCUCGACAAGCACAAAAUCCCAACCAACGCCCAAUUGUCAGCCGAUUGCAAGGUAGGGAGAAAGAACGCAUCGUUCAAACCCGCAUCACACAGCUUGCGUUUGUCGAGCUCCUGGAGGGCCCCGAAGCUGCUGUCAACCAGAGUACUCAAUUAUUGAGUCUUUUUGGGGCUCUGUUCCAAGAUCUAAAUCUUGAGACUGGGGAGACCACAGCCAAGGCUGGUCACCUAGUGCCCCCAAAGAGCUCUGCCGGAACCAUCAGAAGUAUCCGUGGUAGCAUUUUCAGCAGAAACAAGGCGUCUCAGUUGCCGGAUCGCCGUGCUGAUCAGAGCAAUGGCCUUGAUGCUACUAUCCCUCCUACCCCAGCUAUUCCUAAUGGCCAUCUGGCGGACGCGCCUUCAAUCCAGGUCACGGAUGAAGACAACCGUCAGGGAAGAGCGCCAACAGUUGGGAGAUCUGACUCAAAGAAAUCGAAGAAAAGAAGUCUGAGCUUCCACCGAAACGAGAGGCCGCCUGUUGAACAGCCCCCGCUCCCCAAUGGAGGGGAAACCUCCACAGAGAUGGUAGGCAUUGCAGUUUCCGGCAAUGCAUCACCAGAAUCGACAAUCCAUCCCAUCAAGGGCAAACAGCCUUUGCCGCCGAUGGCUCACAAUAUCAAUCAUAAAGAAGAACCUUUCCCUAUUGGCCAUGAGGAGCAACCCCCUCGACAGGAUAUCCGGCUUCCGAGUUGGCACCGUUUUGACUCACCUACAUGUGCUAUCACAAAGUACUCCCUAAUUCAGUCUCAGAAGCAUGCACUGGGACUUCUCGUCAAAAUUUGGCUUGUCAUCGCCGGUCUGUACCGCCGAGCGUCUCUAUUCGAAGAUGCCCGUGAAGCCUGUGAAGAGGCUUCGAAGCAAGCCGCGCGAGUCGAAGCACUGGUUGCAUCCCACGAAUCCUCGGCCCGGGCCUUCAGCAAGCGUGGCUGGGGCGCUGCGAAGAGCUCUGAAGAGCUCUGGGCUGAUGUCUACGCGGAACAAGGUCUUUUGGCUCAGUCUCGAUCCAACCCCCACCAAGCCAUCAGGCACUUUGAGAAUGCACUGCUGCGGUACCAAGAUCACCCAACAGCCACCAUUGGACUUGCCAAUCUUCUCUUGGAUAUUUGGGACCAGAAACUUACUCCAGAACCAUUGAAUGCUGACGUGGAUCUUAGCGUUUCACGUCUUUCCUUGUUAUCAGAAACCCACAAGCCCAUGUCUGCAACCGCCAUCUCGAUCGAUGAUCUCAAGGCAACCGAUGAGACCGGAAAUUCGGGGCCUCCAGAGGCUCCUUCAUCUGCGCAAGAUGUUGAGCCUAAGCAACUACACCGUCUCGCAGCCCGCGAUCGCGCCUAUGGACUUCUUACGGCAUUGAUUAAGCUCGGAAGUUCCUGGGACAACUCCGAGGCAUGGUAUGCCCUGUCCAGGGCAUACGAGGCCGGCGAGCAGAUCGAAAAGCUGAAAGAAGUGCUGUGGUGGUGCAUUGAACUGGAGGAUCGACGACCGAUUCGCCACUGGUCCAAUAUCGGUUCUGGCGUCUACGUUCUCUGA